AUGGUCGUUCUGUCACUUGACACUAAGAAAGAUCCAUAUCGUCCAAAAAGGGAUGAUGAAAUGGUUCUUGCCUCAGAAUUACCAUAUCUUAGUGUGAUAGGUGCUUUAUUGUACUUAGCACAAUGUACCAGACCAGACAUAGCUUUCUCAGUGAAUUUGUUAACAAGAUACAGCUCUGCUCCAACAAGCCAACAUUGGACUGGCAUUAAACAUAUUCUACGAUAUCUUCGUGCGACAACAGACAUGGGCUUAUUCUAUUCCAGUGAAUCGACCAAUGCUCCGAGUAUUGUUGGAUAUGCUGAUGUAGGAUACCUCUCUGAUCCACAUCAAGGAUGCUCACAAACUGGGUAUGUGUUUGCAUGUGGAGGAACUGUAAUCUCAUGGCGCUCAGCGAAACAAACGUUGGUAGCCAUAUCUUUCAAUCACUCAAAAAUACUUGCCCUUCAUGAAGCCAGUCAUGAAUGUGUUUGGUUAAGGUUGGUGAUCCAUCACAUCCGAAGCGCAUGUGCCCUACCCUCAGCAACGGACACUCCAACCAUCCUAAAUGAGGACAAUAUAGCUUGUAUUGCUCAUAUCACAGGAGGAUACAUUAAGGAUGACAAGACCAAGCACAUAUCACCAAAGUUUUUGUACACACAUGAGCCUCAGAAGAGUCAAGAAAUUAAAGUCAGACAAAUCCGUUCAAGCAAUAACCUGGCAGAUCUCUUCACCAAAUCUUUGCCAAAAUGUACAUUCCAAAAGCUAGUGCAUGGCAUCGGAUUACGUCAACUCUGCAAGCAAUCAAAUUGGAGCAUGCAAAAUCUAGAGGAGCAUUCAAGAGUCCUCUAA